UCGGUAGAGAGAAAUGGAAGAAUACUCAGCGUCAGCGACCACCGUUUCGUUCGACCGUCCGAAACCGUUGCUCCGGGGACCCAUACCCGCCGGGGGAUCGGAAUCAGGUCAAUACGUUCUAGCCUUCCGAUCCCUGGACUCAUGGGCCGCCGCUUACAAGCGCUGCGAAGCCCAAAUCAAGGAGCAGUGCGAGGAAGGGGCAAGAAUUGGGUGCGCCGUCUCCGCGUCCAACAACUGUAAGCCUCCGUGGUGGCGGAGCUUAGGCGGCGCGGUGGUGGACAUGAGGGAACGAGAAAAGUGCGAAGAGCGGGAAUUCAAGGAGUGCUUGGUUGCGGCCAAGGACAAGUGCUCGGGAUUCGCCAAAGAAAAGUGCUCCGCUGCGUUUCUAGACGCACGAAUCGCGGUGGAGACGGAGGUUGAGGGAUUGGUAUGGCUAGCGUCAUUGCCCGAGGACAGCAGCAGGUGGUUGGGUUCACUGGUUCAGGCAAGAUGCAGCAAAACCAACCGCAGAGCCAGGGAUCUUCUUCUGAAACAACAAAAGCAAUCGCAUGCUACUUAUUAGACUCUGAUGUGAAGCGUUUUUCGCCUUUUUUUGUUAUCAAUGAGCACAAACGGUUACUAAACUGUUUAGAUUCAAAAGCUCUAAUUGUUGGGAUUUUCUUGGAUAUGUUAAAAGCUUGUGUGCUGAUCAAAUUGGCAUUACAUGUUUUGUGUCCAAAUCUUGAAUGUGGUAAAGCUUUUAUGGUUCUUCUAUUUAGUUAAACCCUGUUUCCCUUCA